AUGUCGUACGAGACGAUAUUAGUAUUUGAAGAAAGGGACUGGACGCAUUUUUCAUUUCAGUGGAAAAAUUGCAAGUCAAAUGAAGUGGCCUAUAGAAAACUGGACACUGCUAAUGCAGAACACAAUACCAGCCAAAGCUGUGAGGUUUAUGCCAUGUUUUUGGAGAAGAAUUUCACAGAUUAUAAAGUGACUAUUCUCAUUGGUUAUGAUUUGGUCCUGAAGCUUACAGACAGACAUUUUGAAACCUUUGAAGCAAAUGAUGGAACAGAUGAAAUCGAUGGCAGUGGGAUAUCCUUCACUCGCCAGAAGAGGAGCAUCAGAGUCAGUGGAAAAUUCAUGCCUACCCUGGACUGGGAGAGAGUCGAGAGGAAGUACAUGUCUAGGUCAUUAGGUCAUUCCUAUCUUCCCAGACCAAGUCUGUCAUUAGUCUCAGGGACGCAACUUCACAAACCAGCUGGAACCUCAAUGACAGAAGAACAAUGUGAGGACAGAAAAUGUAAUCAAUAUGGUGGUAACAGUCAAAAACAAGAAGAGAGCAGCAUAGAAGGCUGGGAAACUAACAAUGAGGAAAAAGAUCAAGGCAUAUCUGUUUCAAAAAUUGGGAUUUCAAAGGAAACAAUGGAUGAACUGAAAGCCGUUCUAAAGGAGAGCCCUUUAAUUACCGGCCGGCAAAAAGUGAACAAUAUAACUAGUUGUUCUGCCUCUGAUUUAAAUGUACAAAAUCCUGAAGAGAAACCCGGAGAGGAAGAGGGCAAAUCCUCCAUCGCCUCAAAAGCACAAUCCAGCAGCCCCAGAGAGCAGACAGCACAGAAAUCAAGCAGGCAAGUUGCUGGAGAUGAGCUGCUGAAAGAGGUCGUGGCUAUUCCCAAUACCCAAAAUUCAGAGAACAUCAAACCAAUCGUUUUGAAAGCAUCGGAGUUACCCAGCCAUGUUGACAGUGGAUUAGACUCAAAGCAUGAUCUAAGUUCAUAUGUUACAGUUAACAUGAGAGACCUGACUAUGAUUAACAGUGUAACUCCCUCACAAACAAGUACCACUGUCGAGCAAGUGAAGCAACAGAUCACAAGGGAAGACAUACGAUUUAUCCGUUUUGAAGCAAGUGACUUUCAUGGAAUUUCAAGAUCGAAAACUAUUCCAUCUCGUUUUUUUCAGGAGAAAGUGUUUCAUGGGGUGCCUCUCCCAAGAGGUUAUCUGGAAAUAGCUUUGGACCCGAAGGAAAAUGGAAUGAAUCAUCCUAGUUUCAACAGUGACAUACUCUUAAUGCCCGAUAUCUCAACCUUCAGAAUCCUCCCCUGGGCUGUCAAAACUGCAAGGAUCAUUUGUGAUUCUUGCUCAAUAACAGGAGGUCCUCUUCUGACAUCCCCUAGACAGAUAGCAAAGCUUCAACUGAACCAGCUCCGGGCAUAUGGCUUCACCUUGUAUUCAACGUUCACGUAUGAGUUUUGGCUUUACAGUUUCACUCAGACAUUAAACACACCGGCAUCUUUCCCUGCUGCAACUCUCCUGAAUAACCAUGACCAGAACUUUGUGCAGGAGCUAUUCAAUGACAUGUAUGGUGCUGGGGUUGAUAUCGAAAGCUUUUCCUCUUCCUUGGGGCCUGGCCAAAUGGAGGUCUCCAUCCGAGCUGAAUUUGGAAUGGGUGCAGCAGACAAUGCCUUCACAUUCAGGACUGGCGUCAAAGAGCUAGCAAGGAAACACAAUAAUGCUGCCAGCUUCUUCACACCCUCAGGUUUUGGCAACUCAGGCACGUUUUCCCAUAGUCUGUGGGAUGCUAAUGGGAGGCAGAAUCUCUUCUGUGAUUCAACGGCAGCGCAAGAGCUGUCUGGCAUUGGGAAGAGAUGGCAGGCUGGCCUGGUGCAGCAUGCCGCUGCCCUCAGCUGCCUGGUGGCACCUGGACCCCGUUGUCGCCAACGCUAUAGUGCAGGGAAGCGUGAAGGGGUUGUUGACGUGACCUGUGGCACCAAUGACAACAGCUGUGCCUUUAAUGCCAAGUUCCACGGUGGUGGGGGUGCCCGUCUUGAAAACCGACUGGCAUCAGCCAUGGCAAACCCGUAUGUCGUCCUCGCUGCCACUGUGGCUGCGGGCCUGGAUGGCCUCAGGAGGGAUUCCCCUGAAAACUCAACACAGGCUGCACCCAUUCUUCACCCACUGAAACCCUGCAGCAUUCCUGUUCGGUUGGAGGAUGCACUCAUUGCACUGGAACAUGACUACUGCAUUCGGAGGGCACUGGGUGAACCUUUCAUCCAACAUUUCAUUGCUGUUAAACGGUUUGAAUUGAAGACACAGACAUUAGAUGGUGAGAAUGACAAGUACCUACAGUACUUCAUUUAGUAAAAUGGCCAUAGCUGCAUAUGUUAUAUCACAUGCACAUUACCAUGCUCCAUGUCAUACACAGCAAACAAUAUAGAAUAUAUAGGUGCAACAUAUACAAAAUACCACACACAUAAUACCAUAUAGCAUAUAAUUGAGAGUACAUACUUUAAAAUAUUUAAGAAUAUACAUAAAAACCAUAUAUCAUCCAUAGCA